CCCGAGAGCAACAAUUCAAUGUUGAUGCCCAGAGGCUCUCGUCGUUCUUGACCGCAAGGUGCCCAACGUCGACAAGCAGUUUCUAGACAGGGUAAAUACUCCGGGGGUCUCCCUGUCUAUGGCGAACAGACCUGGCAUUAGCGCCCGCAGCUACGGCACUCACCAGGCACUCCAUCGCUAAUAACGGUGGGGCACAUGCCCAAGCUCCACAAACGUCCACCCAACGAGAUCCGGAAGCUUACACUAAAACGGCAUCAUCCCUCAAGCACAUACUAGCUCGUCCUUGCUGCCAGUCCUUGCUUCCAGUCCUUUGUCACCAAUUCACCCGAUGUCGUAAUUCACGGCAAAUAGGAGUCUGCUUCCCUACCCGGUGCCGUGCUCCUGGGCUCGUUGAUUGAUAUCUACCCCGCGCGCGCCGCCCCCACGCCCUCAAUCCUGCCCGGUUGGGUGGACAUGCUCCUUGCAACGCAGCCAUGGAUACCAAAGACCUCGAUACCGAAUCGAUCAAGCAAUGGCGCUCCAUCGUCACGCUUGUUGUUUUUGUCAUCACGAAUGUGAUCGUCCUUUUUCCGUUUCAUAUACCUAUUUUUGUCCCGCGACCGUUCGCAUAUGCCGUUCUGGACGUACUGGCUUUUCUAAGAGUGAUAAAACCAAGGCGGAAUGAGCCCUCGUCUUCUGCCCAGCAUGAACAAGUCGCCGGUGAGGCUGCAUACGAUGGCGGAAGCAUCACUAAACCAGGAUCUUUUGUCCGGCUGGAGUUCCCAAUGAACUUCCUGACUGCGCCCCUUGUUGCAGAUAUCUUCCUACUCGCCAUUUCGGCCAUCGGCCGCAAGGAGGUUGUAGAUGGGACCUAUGGCACCGAUCACAUCCACCCUUACGACAUCAUGCUCUUCUUCAUCAGCCUCGCCUACAUUGCCAUCUCCAUCGACGCCUCAGGCCUCAUCAGAUACCUUGCUUUCAAGGUGCUUAUAUGGGGCGGCGAUGUUGGCCAUAGGCUCUUCUUCUACCUCUACGCCUUCUUCUUUGCCCUCGGCACCUUCAUCGGCAAUGACCCAAUCAUCCUCUCCGGCACCGCCUUCCUCGCCUAUAUGACGCGCGUAUCCAGCAACAUCAAACACCCUCGUGCUUGGAUUUACACCCAAUUCGCCAUAGCCAACAUUGCAUCCGCUACUCUCGUUUCCUCCAACCCCACCAACCUCGUGCUUGCCGGCGCCUUUAGCAUCAGGUUCAUCGACUACACAGCCAACAUGGUGGUGCCUGUCGUUGUGACAGCCGUUGUCCUGUUUCCUUUCCUCCUCUACAUAAUCUUCCCUGAUCCGGCACUCAUUCCCCACAGGAUCACCUUGCACGCGCUUCCUGAGGCCGCCAGGGAGAAAAGACCGGUGAAUCCCAACAUCCCGAACGCCAGGGGUGAUGCCGAUGAGGCGGCGCUUGAAAACAACGAGCAAGGCAAGCUUUUGUCUCUGGAGGAGAUCAUGAAUCCAUACCUUGACAAGAAGAGUGCCAGCUUCGGGGGCAUCGUCAUGGCUGUGACGCUCAUCACCCUGCUGGCUCUCAACGCGGCGCACACGCAAGGUGGCCAGGAUCAGCAAAAGCCCGUGUUCUACGUGACACUACCCGCCGCCCUCGUUAUGCUCUGCUGGGACAUGGGCUACGGCUGGCUGCAUCGGAAGGAGACGCGCGAGAUUGCCAAAAAGGGCCGUCAGGAUAUUGAAGAAGGCAGAGCCCGCCGAGCGGAGGGCCGUGCCGCCCGAGAGCAAACCGAUCAGGCUUCUGGCUCUGGGACCGAAACCAGCACUAUCAGACCGGAGCCUCACCACGCGCAAGUGCCACCGCAGCCACCCGCCACCAACCAGAUCGCCGGUGAUUCUAGCGACGAAAUCGCGACGGCACCGCAGUCGCCCACCGCCGCCGUCCACACACCUACAGGUGCCGAUAUGUCAGACAAAGACGAAGCAGCCCUGUUGGAGAAGCCGAACUCGGCUUCCACAGCCAUCCAGCCAGCAACACAACAGGGUGCGCUUGUUGGUUUGAGCGAUAGCGUGGCUGAUGAGAAGGGCGUCUUUCAGAAGAAGACAGAUGGGGCCGACAACCCUACCGAAGCAGAACUAGCCGCGGAUCCUGAGAAACAGCCCGAUACCAACGGUGCCCCCAGCAACGUAACACUUGCCUCGUUCGUCAAGGAUCGUUACACUUGGUGUCAGGAGACUUUCCCAACAACAAUGGCGGUUCUGGCUCACCUGCCGCUGGCUCUCGUCCCCUUUGCCUUCGCCAUGUUCGUCUUGGUUCAGGCUCUCGUCAGCAGUGGCUGGGUGCCCGUUUUUGCCCACGGCUGGGCGCACUGGGUGGAGAAGACGGGCACGGUGGGCGCGAUUGGAGGAAUGGGCUUUCUCUCCGUGGUCCUGUGCAAUUUUUCGGGCACCAAUAUCGGCACCACCAUCCUGCUGUGCCGUGUUGUGCAGGCGUGGGCCUCCAUCGCGAGCGCUGGCCAGACGCACAUCUCAGAGCGGACCUACUGGGCGACAGUCUACAGCAUGGCCAUUGGAGUCAACUACGGCGCCUUCAGCACAGCAUUUAGUGCCUCGUUGGCUGGCAUGCUGUGGCGGGACAUCCUCCAGCGCAAGCAUAUCCACGUUCGCGGCCUGGAUUUUGCGCGCAUAAACGUGCCCAUUAUUUCCGUCGCCAUGAUUAUCGGCUGUGUGGUUCUCAUUGGCGAGGUCUGGAUCAUGAGGGAUGGUGAGUCCCCAUACGUUUGAAGCACGCGCCGCGAGCCCGCGAGCCGCGGCUUCAUUGCCACAAGAUCGCAUCGGCAAGACCUCGCAGAUUUUUUUUUUCUCACAAUUCUCCCUGUACAUUUCCUUUCGUUCCCUGACUGCCGGAAACCGAGAGCUCCAGCCCAGGUCACUAGGACGACACGACUUCAUUCUUGAAUCUCGAAUAUCCAUUUUCCGGUCCGCCCAUGC